AUGGUAAACUCUUUCUGUCAGAGAUCUCCAAGGGACAAAAAUCUUCCACCCAAAAGGGAAAUGAAUUUCCUGAUUGUCUUAGAUGAACCAGGGAUUAUUUACUGCUCGGUACCUAAAGUAGCUAGCACAGAGUGGCGAGAAGCCCUUUCAUUUUAUCAUCAUCAUGGAAGAGUUCAAGGUAAACAAGCUCAAAACAGAACAAUAUGGAAACAUCUCAGUGAGUACUCUAAUCGGAACGUCACUACAAAAAUACAACGCUACUACAAAUUUUUAUUUGUUCGCGAACCGUUCGAGAGGUUGCUGUCGGCUUACAAAAGUAAAUUUUUGGCCAAAAAUGAAGUUUAUCAUAAAAAGUUUGGCAGAGAGAUUAUAAAGAAAUUCCGAAAAAACGCAACAGAGCACCAAAAAAUGUCUGGGUAUGGUGUUACUUUCUUUGAAUUUGUCAAGUAUGUUGCGUUUGCGAAAGCUUACGAUGAACACUGGCGUCCCUACAGUCAGCUGUGUCAUGUGUGUAGUAUAGGAUACAAUUUUAUUGGUUAUUUGGAAACGAUUGAUGAAGACGCAGCAUUCCUCAUCAAAGAAUCGAAAAUGAAUGGUAGCAUGGUAUUCAAGUCGACUCGCCAUUCACGAACUUCUUCUGAUUUACUGCGGUUUUACUCUCAGAUUCCUUUACGUUAUAUUAACAGAUUACGGAGUAUUUAUUCUAACGAUUUUGAAAUGUUUGGAUAUCAAUUUCCGGGUCCUUUAAAAUCUCUAGUAAACUCGCAACUUUCAAAGAAUAACUAA